AUGCCAAAUUUCGGUGAAUCUGUUAAGGUCUACUUGACGAGCGUUGCCGUGACCGUGUUCAUCCUCCCUGCUCUCUUCAUAACCGUCUGCCAUGUGGUCAUGGUGGUGCGCAUUUGGCAGGCUGCCGCCAACACCGAACAGUCACUGACGGUCCCUAUAAAUCAACCUGCGCAGGUGAAGAGACUGCGACACGCAAUUGAUAGCGUCUGCCAUGAAUGCCCAACCGUCCUUGCCAACAACGACAGCACCUCUCGUCCCUGCAAUAAAACCGGUUUUCGCCACGCCGCUCCAAUCCAAAUGAAAACUUCACCCGGAUGCAUUCCUCGAGCAAGAAUAAAAACAGUAAAAAUGACACUUGUCAUUGUAUCGGUUUAUAUCAUCUGCUGGUGUCCUUAUAUGAUAUACAACUUGCUCAUAACAUAUCGUGUUAUUGGACCCCAUACACCGAAUCUGAUGGCAAUUUCUCCACUCAUUCAGGAUUUACAAGUACCCACAUGCUUGUUCGAACGAAAUCUAGAUCUCAUAACAAUCACUAAUUCGACAGCGAAAAAAGGUUUUAAGAGAACAAGCUAA